AUGGUGGCGAAUGGGAAGCUCGUCGUUACUCAAUCUACAGCCGACUAUUGGCCGUUGCGAUAUGCGCCACAGCAUUGCAUCGCAAGUGGUCAGUAUGGAGGCAUUGCUCUGCAUCGGCUGCAUCAUGCGUUGGCACCACAGCUGAGCUAUAUCUCUGCAAUUCAAUGCGCGGCGACGCUGCAGCAGACAUACGCCAUUACUGACUUUGCGGUGAGGCAACGUGCGAGAAGGCCACUGACCGCGAGGGCCUUGAGAAUUUUUUUUUCAGAGACUUCAAGCCUUGCCAUCGUCAUGCCACCACUUACUCAUGUUGUACUGUACGUCCAUGUCAUAGCCGAUGAUCGCCUUGUCGAACGUCUGUCCGUAGUCAUAGAAAUGAUGAAAUCGGCAUCAAAGAAAUGCGCCUCCGACCAGCGAAGCACCCUUUUAGCUGAUCGCCAUGCGCACGCACGCGAUAAUCAGCAUACCGUACCGUAUGCUAUGCAAAGCGAACAAGAAAAUAAUGUCCAGAAUUAUUAUUUCCGAUCCCCAGCAACAAGACUUUCCCCUUCUCCUGUUUUUUUUUCUUCUCCUCCUCGCCGAAUCCUUCGUCUACCUCCAUUCAGGCGCUUCGUGGUUGAAUUCGUGUGUGUGCUGCUCCGAAGCGCCUGA